UUUUAACUGACAAGAUUGAAAAAAUUUUGAUUGGCCGUCACAUAGUUACAGUACUGCGCCACAAGACACGUGACAAGGCUAAAAAUAAACAAGCUUUUGGAUUCAUAUGUAACGGCGACGCGGAGUUAAAUGUCUUGUGCGGAGCCGAUCGAUUACGUCAUUGAUCAGUUUGGUGAAUUAUGACAUGAAAGUCGAUCAGCAUAAAAUGCUAAUUAUCGGCCGAUACCGAUAACACCGAUCAGAUCGGCGUAAAGUCUAAUAUUUAGUGAUUGUGAUGUGUUAAAUACUUAUUUCAGCCGCUGUAUAUACACACGCACGCGCGUUUUGAGGUUGGACUAAAUCAUGAAAUGUUUUAAUUAUUCAUCAUAAAGGCAUAUAAUUAAUAUUAGGAUAUAUUUAGUAUUUCAGUAGGUUAAAGGUCUUCUUUUAAGUCUUGGACAUAAUGCGCAUUGCAAAUUCAGUGCGGAUGACACAGUGUAGCAUAAGAAAACAUGCAGAGGGAUGGUCACUGAAACUAAAGUGGAGUGCUUGAACAGGAAGCUUGAUGUGGUUAGCCAAGUGUUGCAGAGUAUUUGACUGCAUACAGGAAGCUUCUAUUUCUCAUCUGGUCCCUUGUCUGGAAACUGUGUUUUGCCUUUGAGUCUCUUCUCUUAUUAAGCAUAGAAAAAAAAAAUCUCUCAAUGGCCCAGGGAAAGGAUCAUUCGUUCGCUAGCCGCUUUUUUCACAGAUGUCGUAAAAGUAGCCAAGAGCAGAGAGGACAAGAAAGUGAGGUGCCUUACAUCUCCGAGUUCACCAUCAUGUGGAAUAAGUUCAUGAAAGAGUUCUUAGCUAAAGCCAAAGAAGAUUUUUUAAGAAAAUGGGAGUGCCCACCACAGAGCACAACAUGCCUGGACGACUUCGAUAGGUUCAAAACUCUGGGAACUGGCUCUUUUGGCCGAGUGUUGCUGGUCAAGCAUAAAGGAACAAACCAGUUCUACGCCAUGAAGGUCUUGGACAAACAAAAAGUGGUGAAAUUGAAACAGAUAGAACACACGCUGAAUGAAAAGAGGAUACUGCAGGCCGUCUCCUUCCCAUUUCUCGUCAGAUUGGAGUACGCUUUCAAGGACAACUCAAACCUCUACAUGGUAAUGGAAUAUGUGCCGGGUGGAGAGAUGUUCUCACACCUCAGACGCAUUGGAAGGUUCAGUGAACACCACGCACGAUUUUAUGCAGCUCAGAUAGUGCUCACCUUUGAGUACCUUCAUUCCUUAGACCUCAUCUAUAGAGACCUAAAGCCUGAAAACCUGCUCAUUGAUCAACAUGGGUACAUUCAGGUCACAGACUUUGGCUUUGCCAAAAGAGUAAAAGGCAGAACCUGGACAUUGUGUGGAACUCCAGAGUACUUGGCUCCAGAGAUCAUCCUCAGCAAGGGCUACAACAAAGCUGUGGACUGGUGGGCACUUGGAGUCCUUAUUUAUGAGAUGGCUGCUGGUUACCCUCCAUUUUUUGCUGAUCAGCCCAUUCAGAUCUAUGAGAAAAUUGUGUCUGGAAAGGUACGUUUCCCCUCACACUUCAGCUCCGACCUGAAGGAUCUGCUGAGAAAUCUGCUUCAGGUGGACUUGACAAAAAGAUUCGGAAAUCUUAAAAAUGGCGUUAAUGACAUAAAAAAUCACAAGUGGUUUUCCACAACAGACUGGAUUGCCAUAUAUGAGAGAAAGGUUGAAGCACCCUUCUUACCCAAGUGCAGAGGACCGGGAGACACAAGCAACUUUGACGACUAUGAAGAGGAGGACAUUCGUGUCUCACAAACAGAAAAGUGUGCAAAAGAGUUUGCUGAAUUCUAAUCAGUGGAUGAGAGUCCCAUCAGGGCUCACGUGUUUCGGGAUAUUUGCACUCUCCUACGGGGUUAAGGUGGAACUGUGGCUGAUAAUGUGUCCGAAACAAAUGCUCUGUUCUUUUGUUACACACGGCUGAAUGAGGUCCUUUAUGCCAUGAUCUUACAUGCUGUUCAGCACAGAAGCCUACACACAGGUACAUUAUGCAGACACGCCAUUGUGUUUCAACACAAGAAUAUGAGACCACUGUCUCAGCUUUUGUACCGUUUUUUUCUUUACAUUUUUUACUUCUCAAUUUUAGUUAGAAUUCUUAUUUUUGGAAAUAACAUAAUUCCAAAUUAUUCAUAAGUGUCACAAGUGGUGAUACAUGGUAGCAUCUGAUAUUGCACAGAUUUCUUAUUCUUUUGGACUUCAUCAUUCAGCGUCUUGGUGGCUUGUACGGAAAGGCUGUGGGAAAUAUCUUGCUUAUUGGUUUAAUUUAAAAAAAAAAAUAUAUAUUUGGUCCAAGUGAGCUUAGUUGACACUGAAAGUUGAUGAGUCAACACCAUUGUUGUUCACGUGCAGCUACAAGUUAUUGGAGCCACCGAUAUGCUUAUCAUUCUCAAAACUACUAAAUUAAUAUAAAAUAAAUAUAAAUGUAUAUUCAACAUGUUACAUGAACAUAGUCCAGAAGUACACACAAUGAUUCCUGGGCAUAAUAUUGUGAACUGGGGCACCAUAAAGGGGACCAUGACGGAAGGUGUCUCUUAAAAAUAGUAUGUUUCAUUUUCAACAUUGAAGUGGUAGGGUUAAUUAGUUUUUCUCAGGGCCCCAAAUCUUUGGGCUUGCCCCUUAUUGUCAGUGUUAGCAUGCAGGAAGUGAAGGCACACCUUCAGACAGUUUGAGGUGCCUUUCUCAAGGGCACCACAGCAGUGCUUGCCAAGUGACUUGGCACCACUCAAGAACCACUUAUCAACGUCUAAAACUUUGCUCUGUAACAGCUACCCUCCUUUCCUCUUUCCCCCAAACCCUGCUAAACCACACCUUCAUAUAAAUUGGCUUGGAUUCCUGAAAAAUGGUGACCAACCCCCUUGUAUCAAAAAUGAAUAGGACCUGCUUGGAUACCCUGGGCACACACUGUAUGAUUUUAAGUUUUUACUGUUUUAUUUUUAUCCCAACUCGUUCUACACGAGUUAAGCUAACUAAUUAAGUGCUCACAUUGUAGGUUCAGGUUGUGGCAGGCAUAAGAAAUGCGUGUUGUUGCCAACUGUCAAAAAUAAUCGAGAAAAGAAUUGCAGGUUUCAACUUGCUGUAGACUUGGAAUUUUCAUGCUAAAAAAACAAUACAAUACAACGUGCUUCCCAUGUCAUCUGUGCCUUGAUCUGUACCAAAAUAUCAAAAAAGAGACACAGGUGCACACUCACAAAAAGUUAAAGGAUAUUCGGCUUUCGGUUGAAAUAAAUGUUUUUCAGGUGAAAUUCAUUUGACUUUUAAAUGCACAUCUAACUUUUCAUUGUUUCAGUAAUUUUUGCACAACCAUGUUCUCUAACAAGGAGCUGAACGUCAAAAUUCAGCCAGCGUUGUAUCCAUGGAAACUUCCAAUGACGUCUACUUCUUUGCCUUUCUGUGACUCUUCCAGUCUCUAUAUCUCUGUUCCAACUUGAUGAUGACACUCUGCGACAUUUGUUUACUGAGCCCUUCCAUCGGAGAACAUCCUGUUUGAAGCCUCUCAACGAUCAGUUGUUAGGUGUCGUAUUGGUUUCAUGAUGCCAGAAUGUGAACAGUAUGAGUGAGAGUACCGUUUAAAUAGAAUUUCUAAUUGAAAUAGGGCACAUAUUGGUCGAUUCAUGGCUCAAACACCUGUUGUGAAUUUUGCAGUUCAACUCCUUGCUCGAGAACAGCAAGAUGUGCAAAUGAAACAUGGAACAGUUGGACAUGUGCAUUCAAAAUGUUAAUAGUCAAAUUGAGUACACCUAUAAAGGUUGAUUAAUUUCCAGUUCUUCCUGAAAUUUUACCCGAAAGCCAAAUAUCUCUUGACUUUUUGUGAGACUCACAUUAUCAAUGAUUUUAGCACGCUGUUUAUCAACUUUGCACAGGUGCAGAGCGGGGUAAACGCUUAUUAAUAAAUCUAGUUGUAACUCAGUUUCAACUAUAGAUGAUCACUGUUGUGGCCAACGGAAAUUCAGUUGACUUUGUUUGACCAGGCAGGAGCUGCCAAAUGUUCCUUGUAUACUGCAUGACUAGCGGCGGCUGAUGAGGAAUCGAAAUCAGGCUCGUAACAGACUUCUCACAUUGUGUGCCCAGUUAAAGUUCUGUGUAUGUUACAUGAAGGUUACACCGCAGCUGUUUCAUGGGACAUCCGUUUAUUAACCAAUGACCCUAUGGGGCUGUCAAGUGCAAUGAAAACCUUUUUUUUUCCCCUUAAACAGGAUUGACUUGAACCAGUACCAUAAUGGUGACUGACUGAGUGAAUGGCUCAAGGCAGCACUUUUUGUAAGAACAAUCCACGCAGUGAAGAGCUACGAUACAUUUAGCUGUUUGUUGCAGCUUUGACUAUUCUAGAGAAGCACAUGACAAGCUCAUUUUGAGCUGACUACUCAUUUUAAACGGAAUGUGUGUUGUAGGUAAUAAUAUUGGAGCUGUUAGUAUUAAAUUCGUCACAGAAAGUUUACCAAAAAAAAGUUUUAACUUCCUCUUUAGAAAGGUGGACUGGAUUUUAGACAGUCUGACAGCUAACAUCAAGGUACAUGGUUACAGUUUAUUUAUUAUUAUUAAUAAUUUAAGACUCCCAACUUUGUCGUCUUUAGGCAUAUGUGUAUUUGUGAAUAGAGUACAGGAUGAUGGCCAAAUUAUGUUUUGACAGGGCAAGAAGAACUUUCUGAAAUUUUUAUUAGAUGGGUUUAUUUUUUAUUUUGCACUGUUCAAUUUUAAAGCAAAUGGAUGGGCAUUGAAGUAUUAAUAUGAAGAUGAAUUUUGCCAUGUUGUUAUAGUGCAUCAUUUGUAGCAUUGUUACACCCAUAUCCAGUCAUUGGAGAUGUUUAUGUGCUGUAUCUCAGACCUGAUGUGAUAUUUAAUAACUGAAAUUGAAUGGGAUAUUUUUAAGGUACGUAAUACCUUUUUGAGGUAAGAGGGCAAAAAUGAGGAAGGCAGUUGUGAUUUUCCGCACAUCCAGAAAUGUUCCGAGUGCUUUGAUGCAGGAUUUUUCUGAAUGUUACUGAAGGAGCAGUUUUUCCUUUUGAUUUUCAAAUGCUAAUUGUGCUUGAGCAGCAUAUUCACAAGAAAAAAUGUCAUUGCCAUAUUUGCUUUGGCUGUUUUUGGUUUGUUAUAGCUGACGCUGUUUUAUUUUUCAUCCAUUUGUUACAUUUGUACAACAGUGUCAGGGUAGAGUGCCCUCAAGCUGUUCCUAUCAUUUAUUAUAUUUUAUUAGUCGUUAUAUUUUAGCACUGAAUGUAUUAUCAAUUUUAUUGGUGCGGCAUUUUCCUGUACAAUCACAUGAUGGCAAAUAUUAACAAUUAACAUCUAAUGACAUUUUUAUUCUUCUUACUGAAGGAAUAACAUAUAGUAUUUCCAUCGUUGUGCAUCAAGAUGUACACUGUGAUAAUUGCUUGCUUUUUUGCAAAUUUUUCAAGAUCAUGUCUGUGAAAAAAUAUUAAUACAACAAUCAUGGGCAAAGAUGAGGGGCAGCGACUCCCAUAUUUGUGUUUCAUCAAUGCAGCGUCAGGAUUAAAAUAACAAUUUAAAAAAAUUCCACAUUUCCUGGAGGAAAGGCAUUUAGAGACUUAUUGGAAAAUAAACCAAAUGUGUGCAAAAAGUCAAUAAUUAUAAUGUUCUUUCGAACUUCUGUUUUUAUUGUAGAAAGAUUCUUCCAACUAAUGACAACGACAGAAGUAAUGUGAAUCACAAACUGAAGCAGCAAAGUAUGAAACACAAAAUUGGAGCCUCUUGGAUGUGAUGUUUUAAAUGUUUAAAAAUGUUUCCAUCGUCAGCAGUUUGUGUUAAGCUGUUUUUCACACAGUUGUAUUUCUCCUAGAUUUUUUUGGGGUGUGUGUGUAAAGGAUUCCUGUGUACAAGGUAUCCCUCAUUAUUGUUGCUGAAAUGAAAUUCUUGCCUCUGCACGCCUCCCUCCAGAGUGACAAAAGUUGUCAUUGUAGUUACAGUAUAAGUAUAAUCUGUUUAACUUUCAUGCUGUGCCGUAUUUCUAUUAACCCUUGUAGUUAACCAUGGAAGUCCUUUGAAAGGUUUGGCUUUUCCUUGCUCCACAACCGAGGCCAAUUUUCCUGCAGGGCAAAGGCUCAGGUGUGAGAAAUUUAAGUUUAAAUUAAACAACUGUUAACAUCUCUUUUACAUUAGUUUGCAAAUAUGUUUAAUGACUUGGUACUCAAUGCCCUGGAAAGGAGACAAAAUGUAGAUCGGUUAAUGUUAAACUAUACAGUAAAAAAUUUAAAAAACAGGUUGUGAGCCAUUGAUAGUAUAAUUUUUAUAGGUUAACUUAAUGCCAUAUUUUAUCCGACUCAAAUUUGUUUUGUAAGCUUUUGCUUGGGCUUUUUAUUUGCGCGAAGCAGCCAAUUAUAUUAUUUCAGAACAUUUAAUCCAUUUAAUAAUUUAAUUUCCCUGAAGAUUUGUACAGACACUUUUGUCUCAUACCAGUGUAAAAUCCGUAGCCCUUUUAAGUUGGUUUGCUUUUGAAUACAUGUCCGUCAACUUUACGUGAAUAGUUUGGUACAAAAGGGUUAAGCAGAAAAGUCUACUGUUGUGCGCCCAUGAUAUUUACAUUAGGAGAUGGUCUGCUAAUGAACACCUUGAUCUUCAGCAUGUUUCAGUCCAAAAAGCCUUGUGUGUCAACCCUGCCACAAACAAUUUUUGUGUGAAAUCCACGUACAAAGAGUCAUUAAGAACCUAUGUAAAAUUAUGUUUGUCAUAUAUGUGAUGUAUAUAAUGGCACUAUCCCCCCGAGCCUCUUCACUCCUGAAUAAACAAGUCAAUUUGGGUUCUCCCGAGUUAGUCACACACACGCCGUGGGCUCAAUCA